CAGAGUCUCUCGCGUGACAACAUGGCGGUGCUGGGAGCGGAAGACCAAUUGAGAAUCUGUCUCGUUCUUGAGUCGCGUCUGCUCAGCGGGAUUUUCCUCCCUAAAACCUCCCAGACCGGGCUGGGCGGUCUACGCCUGGACAAGCAAAAAACACUUGCGGACUGAUCCGAGCCGUCGUGGUGCGGCGCCAUGCGCCCCUUACUCCCGAUGCAUCGGGAGCAGUACUGGAUCGAUGUCCCCGAGACGCCGCCCUACAACGCGCGGACCCUUCUCAUCUUCUCCGGCUGGGUGCUCUUCGCCUUCUUCUUGGAGCUUGGCCUGACUGAGGCCGCCGCCAGGGAGAAGCAGUCUGUAAGCACUUUGGUGUCCAUGCCUUGCUGGUUGGUGGAGGACUUUGUGGUGGCUGAGGAGUGUGCCCCUUGUACCACCUUCCAGGCUAAAACCACUCCUGAAUGUGGAACCACUGGCUUUGUGGAGAAAAUCAGUUGUUCUGUGUCCAAGAGAGAUGAGUUCAAAAGACUGUUUCCCUGCUGUCUCAGCUGCCGCUCAGCAAUGAUGGAGCGACACCUGUUUUGGAAGUUUGAGGGGGCUGUGGUGGGAGUGGCUGCAGUCUUUGCCUGCCUUGUGAUCCUUCGUCAGAGAUCACUGGACCGAAAGGCCCUGGAAAAGGUCCGAAAACAGAUUGAGUCCAUAUAAGCCCCCAGCCCCCUGCUAUCCCGACAUUCAAGCCUUUUGCCCCAACAGGGCAUGGUGGAGAAGGGUAACAGCUGGCCUGAUGGGGAGAAGGUUGUAUGGGGUGACCCUGGCCCUGGAACCCUAUUCCUUUAUCUUCUUCCUUUGCCCUUCACCUUUUGUUUCCUUGAUAAUGAAAGAAUAAAAUAAAAACAAUCCCACAACUAA